AUGGUUCUUUGUGCUUGUUGCAAGCAUAGUCCAGGCCCAGGGUUUGGCACCAUUGCCAGUGACCGCGUCCCCAUGUGUGGACGGCAACGAUCAAUGUCCUUAUUGGGCGGCGAUCGGCGAAUGCGAGGCAAACCCACGCUUCAUGUUGGAAGUUUGCCGCGCAUCUUGCCACGUUUGUGCUGGCGACGAAGGUUCCCUGCGCAUGAAGCUUUACAAACAGCUGGAGCAGAACAUGAAGCCGAGGUCCAAGACGGCAAUACGCGACGUCCAGUUGAUCGAGGUUCAGUUUCCUACAGUCCACGAGCUCUACUUGUGGAAGAGUUUCUGUCCAAAGAAGAGUGCGAGGCACUCAAAAGAAUGGCUUCACCACAGCUUCAGGAUGCCAAGACCAUCAAUCGAAGCACAGGAGCUGCUUUGCCCGACAAAGUGCGGACGAACUCUCAGAUGUACUUCGACCACGCGAGCCACUACCAGGAUCCCUUGGUCGUGGCAAUCCAGGAGCGCAUGCAAGUUCUGGCACGGAUUCCACCAGGGCAUGGAGAGCCUCUGCAGGUGGGGCGGUACCGCGUCGGCGAGUUUUACCAGCCUCACUACGAUUCGGAGCCCGCGCAAAAUGUGCGGCGCGCAGCGACUGUCCUGGUAUACCUGGAUCCACCAGAGGCAGGAGGUGAGACGAUCUUCCCAAAGCACCGCAGGUGCCAGGAGGCUGACUUCGAAGAUUGCUGCUCACGCAUCGAGGAGUUGGUGGUGAAAGAGGGCGGCGGCUUCGCCGUCAAGGCAGAAGCGGGCACAGCUGUUCUGUUCUUCUCACACGACCUUGACGGCCAGCACAAUCCGUUGUCAAUGCACGCAUCUUGCCCCGUUCUUCAAGGAGAGAAAUGGGUUGCGCAGCAGUGGUUUCGUCUUGAGCCCUAUGCUGGAAGCCCUUUCUUCCAGUUCCGAAAGCUGGAAGGCAGCGAAGGAGACGAGCCUCGGCCUCAAGAAGAGGGCGAUGGCUUGGCACCUGAGCUGUAG